AUGACAAAUAAUGCUACUAUAGUAACUGUACCUGAACUGCCUUCUUCUUCUUCUUCUUCUACCACCGAUAUAAACUACUAUAAUUCAGGUACUUCUACAUUCAAUUAUUAUUUUCCAUCGGCGACUACUAUCCAACAACCUACUUAUCUGAAUUCAGCAGUAUCCACUCACUCUCAUCAUGAAUUAUUUUCACCUCAUCAUUCAUUACCUCCUCUAACAUGUUUAUUAGCUUCAAAAAAGACUCUGUCAAAUCAGCAACAAUCAUCAAAUCAUGAAAUGGAUCAUACAAGUAACCCCUCUUCUGCUGUUAUUACUUCUAAUCAUCAUCAACACCAACACCAACAACAACAACAACAUUCAAAGAAUAGACUGGAUAAAUCUUCAUAUCUUUCAUUAAAUGGUAAUAUAAAUAACAAAGAUGAUAGCGUUAGCAAGUAUUAUUUAAAGUCGCAACAAACCUCUUGUUCUUUUCCUCGAUAUAAAAAGGAUACGGAAUAUCAAAGAACAUCUAUCUAUCCACCAGAGUCAUCCCAUGUGAUGAGAAAUAAUCAUGUUUCAGUAUCAACAAGACGUGGUGGUAGUGGUGGUGGUGGUUUGUAUGUCUUACCAUCUCAACAACAACUACCACCACCAACAGAUGUAAUAGUACAAUCUCAAUAUGGCUUAGUUUCUGAUAAUCAUAAUAUGAUGAUGCCAUCUUCUUCAGAUCUUUCCAUGUUUCCUCAAUCCUCUUUACAACCUCAUUCAAGUGGAGAAGGUCAGGACGAGUUUUAUCCUUUACCAUCACCACCUACAUCUAUAGUGGAUCGUGUUCCUAUCGUUACUAGUCAUGCUGCUCAUGUUAUUAUGACAGAGGAUAGUAGUGAUAUGAGUAACAAUAAUAGAAAGAUAUUCUCGUUUGUACCUCUUCCUGGAUUAAAUCAAAGGAAACGACCGAGAAGAAAAUAUCAUGAAGUUGAGCGACUCUAUCAUUGCAAUUAUCUAACUUGUACGAAGGCUUAUGGAACUUUAAAUCAUUUAAAUGCUCAUGUGUCCAUGCAAAGACAUGGACCUAAAAGACAGCCAUCUGAAUUUAAAGAACUUCGUAAAAUGUGGAGAAAACAGAAACGAGCGAAUACACAACAUGGUCAUCAUUCAUCUUCAAGUAAUACAAGCCAAGGACAAAGGAUUCACCAAAGUUUAGAUGCCUUUCCUUCUUCGUCUUCUUCUUCUUUGAGAAAUAAUUAUAAUGAUAUUAUCUUGAACCAUCCUUCACUUAUUGCUUCUUCUACAUCUUUAAACCAACAAAACUAUUAUGUUAUUCAUAACAAUCAGCAGACUUCUUCUAUGCCACCUUAUCCUAUGCAGCAGCAGCAGCAGCAGCAACAACAACAACAACAACAAAUACAUCCUACUUUACUCUCUCAUGCUCAUCCUUCUUCUCCAGCUGGUCACUGGAUUCAUCAUCAAAAUACGCAUCAAAAUCCACCUAUUCAGCAAUAUCAUCUUACUCCAACUGAAUUUAUGCCCCAUGGAUAUUAA